GUUACUCAUCGUCUCAUGCACUCAAUCAAACGACGAAUUUCCUAAUCAGUUAUCAUACAAAACAAUGCAAGCUCAAAGCCACGAUCAAUUGGGUCACUGCGCCUAAUACAGGGAUUGUAGCGCAUCCCAGAGUAUUGAUAUCCGCGCGCAUCCACAGCUAAAGCCUACUGUGCAAUCAAGAUGAGAGCACCUAUCUCCUUGCUCUGUCUGUUCGCUCAGACAAGCUGUCUCCUCUGUCUCUGGUCGUCGUUUGCUCUGAUUCAAGCUGUGGCGGCGUCAAGACAUGACCCCCUAGGUCUGGUAUAUGAGGCGGCGGCGCCGCCACCGUUAGCAAAACGACAGGAUCUUCAGUCCUUUGCGGGGGCGUUGGGUGGUGCCGCGCCUGCGGUGACAAGUACCGGGAACUCUGAGAGACCGUACGGUGUCAGUGGGAAUACUUUUACGGAUUUCGAGUCGGCUGCUCAACGGAGCUGUAAUGAGCAAUUUGAUGCGUGCCAAAAGAUCGCGAAUACAGACCGAUCGGCGUCCUUCUCGCUGCAGGAUUGUCAGGACCAGCUAAAAAGCUGCAUGUCAGUAUCAACGGUGCAGGCCACGGCGGCUAGCAUCAACCACCUGCAGUCUGCAAGUGAUACGAAUGCAGGACCGAUAGCUCAGACAACGAUCCCAUAUGAUGAUGAAUUCGAUCUUGUAUGUGAUUUAUGAUGGGUCUCAUAUUACAAACUGCUGCUCCAAACUUGAACAUGUCCCAAUCGUUGUGUUGAACAUGAUGAGGUAGAUGAAUUGACAAUGGUGUACAUA